AUGACAUCGAGUGAUAGUCUUGACGACCCCCGGCCUAAGGUGGCCAAACAAGCGCUGGACAACAUUGAAAGUGAACAUAAAAUGAACCAGGUGGACGCCAAAAUCCAAGGGGAGCUCACACCACAGGAAAUUCGGGAUUUGAAAGAUGUGUUUGAUACAUUCGACAAGGAGCAUCGCGGCCGACGUUCAUGGGAGGACAGUCCCUCGUCGGUGAGUCUGCCACGGUCCAUCUUUGCUCGUGAAAAGGGUAAUCUGACCUUUGACGACAUCAAGAAUGCAUCUCAGGCGGUAGGACUGAAGUUCCGCGACAGCACGAUCCGGGACUUGAUGGAUGAAGCAGACACCAACGGUGAUGACAUAACAAGAAAGGAAGAGUUCUUCCAAAACUUAUGA